GGUAGUGGCUGUAUUAUGAGAUGGGGGGAGGGGUAGCGCACCAUGUGACCAUCCUCCGCCUUCCUCGCAGGUCUCCACAUGAAUUAUGAACAUUGACAAUAACCUGGAAGGGUUCCUUAAAUGUGGCCACACCUCCAUCCUGCAACCUUCCAGGGCGGGGGAGGCUGAGCGGCCCUGCACCCCCCUAUCACAGACGGACCUCGGCCUGGCCGCUCAGGGGCGCGGCGGGGAGAUGAUGUCACAGGACGAGCUGAUGGUGCAGGAGGAGACGGUGAAGAAUGACGAGGAGGAGGGCGACUCGCCCGAGAGGUUGCUGCCCCCCGCCUUCCAGUACACGGUCAGCCGCCGCUCGGAAUUUCUCCAUAGUUAUCAAUUAGUUCAUGUGAAGCAAGAGAUCAAGCUCACAGAGGAAGUAGAUCCCCGCCUGAUGGACAGCAUGCAGCUGACUGGACCUGUAGAUCUUCAGAAAAAGAAGAAAAGAAAACAGCGUUCCCCGGCCAAGAUCCUGACUAUUAAUGAGGACGGUUCUCUGGGCCUGAAGAUCCCCAAGUGUCACGUGUGUGAGCAUUGCAACGCUGCCUUCCGAACCAACUACCACCUGCAGAGACACGUCUUCAUCCACACAGGUGAGAAGCCCUUCCAGUGCGCUCAGUGUGACAUGCGUUUUAUCCAGAAGUAUCUUCUGCAGCGACACGAGAAGAUUCACACAGGAGAGAAGCCUUUCCACUGCGAUGAGUGCGGAAUGCGAUUCAUCCAGAAAUAUCACAUGGAAAGACACAAGAGGACGCACAGCGGAGAGAAACCCUACCAGUGCGAGUACUGCCUACAGUAUUUCUCCCGGACGGACCGGGUCCUGAAGCACAAGCGCAUGUGCCACGAGAACCGAGAGCGCAAAGUGAGUAAAAGCGCCAGCAAGUCCAGCCUGUUAUCCCCGGACGGCGACAUCUUCGCUGCUCUGGCCAAAGAAGGAGCGUUACAGAAGAAGAAGCAGCAGAGGGCGGACAAGAUGAAGCUGCUGGGGCUGAGCGAUAAGGAGGGCGGCCUGGAAAAGGCGGAGCAGAAGAAGGAUAAGGCGGAGUUCCUGCCCCUGUACCCCAACAGUACCAAAGUGAAAGACGAGUACAUGGUGACGGAGUACUCCAUGGAAAUGUCUCAUCCCUCCGUCAGCGACCUGCACCUUCAGGAAGACGUGUCCGCCGCCAUCAGCCCCCCAAAACUGCUGAUUAAGAAAGUGAGCAACAAAAAGAGCGGCAAACACCCGCUGGAGCAGAGCCAUUCGUUGGAGCAUAGCCAAGCGCUGGAGCAGAGCCAAGCGCUGGAGCAGAGCCAGGCCAUGGCGGCGGCGCUCACCGCUUUCGACGACGGCAAAGUGGGCAAGUAUACUUUUGAACUGGUGGACAAACAGGCCCUGCUGGACUCUGGUAGCAACUCGGACAUGGACCACGGCGACCCGAUGCAGGAGGGGACCGCCAAACCGGCCAACAGCAGCGUCAGCUACGAAGAGGCCAUGCAGUUCUCCAAGAAGAAGCGCUACCUGCUGGCCGCCACCAGCAACGGCAGCAGCCGCGAGUACGCCCUGAACGUGGGCACCAUGGCCUCUCAGCCGUCAGCCACCCAGGCGGCCGUGGCCAGCGUCAUGGACGAGAGCAGCGCGGCCGCCCUCAUGGACGCUCAGGCGCUGAACGUGGACAUUAAGGCCAACCAUGAUAAAAGCGUGAUUCCGGACGAAGUGCUGCAGACGCUGUUGGAUCAUUAUUCGCACAAAGCCAACGGGCAGCAUGAGAUCGCCUUCAGCGUAGGAGAUACCGAAGUCACGUCCAGCAUCUCCAUCAACUCCUCGGGGGAGACCAGCCAGCCGGAGAACCUCGUCGCCCCCGCCCAGGUCUCGCAGUCUGACAAGGCCAGCAUGCUGCAAGAGUAUUCGAAGUUUCUGCAGCAGGCUUUAGAACGGACCAGCCAAAACGACGCCUAUCUGAACAAUACGAGCCUUAACUUCGUCACCGAUAGCCAGGCUCUCUCCGGUGCGGCGGCCUUCCCGGCGCUGGACAAGCACGUCUACGCCACGCUGCCCAUCACCACGUACCGGGCAAGCAUGUCCACCCCGCUGAGGGUGUCGCCCGACAAAUCUCACUUCGGACUAAUAGUGACCGACGCCCAGAGCACCUUCAGCUUUCCAGCGGACGAUGGAAGCCACGCCUCCCCCACACCUUCGUCGUCGGCGCAGGAUUUCAUCGAUCAAGUGACGGCUCAGAAGAAGCCCGAGACGCAGCAGACUGUCCACCAGACCUACCAGCUGGCCGCGUUCGAGCAGCCGUUCAGAGCGCAGUACCACGGCAGCCGCCCCCCCGGGAUGUCGCCCCAGUUCAGCCCCGCCAAUGGACAGGUGAACCUGCGGCAGCCCGCGGCCGGCACCGACUUCUCAGAAUUCCCCCUGGUGAAUGUAAGCGAGAGCAGGACCCCCUUGGCUUCAACCCCCGACCCGGCCACUAGCCAGACCUUUGGUUAACGCUUUCAGUUGAAGCCCCUUUUGUAUCCAGAAAGGGGGGAAUGUUGCACAUUGCUAAACCUUGACAGGAAGCUGGCGUGUUAAAACAGCAGUCUGCCCCCCCACCCCCAGCGCCUAUGUAAUGCCCCCCAACCCCCGCUUCUUUACCUCUGCAAGGAAUCUGGAUUGCAGGUGUCAGUAUUGUGCGCGCUGGGAGCGGAGUGCUUCCCCAGACUGGAAUGCUAAGGCUGGGGUGUGCCGCUCAGUCUGGUACACUGGUAGUCGCUUGUUGUGGGGGGAGGCGGGGGGCUGUAUUUUGGCUUUGCUGUGUUCAGGCUGCUGUUUUAACCCUUUUGGGGCCACCGGUGAAGCUUUCUUUUUUUUUUUUUUUACCUGAAAAGGUAACAAAUUCUCUAUGGCACUUUAAAGAGACCUGUUUGAUAUUGUGGCCCUGGAUAGAAAAAAAAAAGGGCCCCGCUCCGCAGUCCUUCUGUUUUUUUUUUUAUUGUCACGGUAGAGGAGUGGGACCCAUUCAAGACUGAUGAAGAGGGACGGGGCCCUAGGUGGCACCCAAACAACUCCUGUUCCCUCCAUCUGUAUACAUGAAAUGACAGGACUCUGGCCUUAUCCGGUAGAGAGAUCUGCAGAGCUAUUGUACUAAGGCCUUCACUGUUGGUGCAAUGCUCUGCAGACUGUUGAGCCAUGUGCAUACUGUCAUUGGGGGUACGUUGCCUAUGUCUAUAGGGUGGUGGUGGUGGUGGUAUACUGACGCUGUAGAAGCCAUGGUCUCCACCGGUGCCUGAACAUACUGUAGCACUUACCUACGGCAAUGGCAGAAGUACUGCCAAUGCAGGUGGGGGUCCGUCUCAGGCCUGUGAGAAUGUAUAGACUUGCCGCAGCCCCCCCUGUUCUUAUUAAUGGCAAUGGCCGACCUCCAUAUUGUAUUGCUGAGCUUGUACAGCGCCAUCUGGAGGUUCUUGAGAUCUGCAGGGGGUGGGGGGGACUUCCUGGACACACAACUUUCUGAGUCCACAGGAGAGGCAUUUCGAGUGGUUGAUACGCAGGCACGUUGCGGGGGGAUAAACGCACUCCUAAUGGCAGUCUGCGCAGGGCCUUAGCACUCAGUAAUAAGCAGAUUCUCACAUGGUGAGCGGAAAAAAAGCACUUAGCAGCAGCUCUAUCAAUUUAUAUUUUGUUCAUUCGUCCUCCAAUGGAUUUUAGGCGCUUGUCGGUCUGUGUAUCUGGUAAUACGACCCUCUCGGCGCAGCAGCGCACACACACACCAUACAUAUCUAUAUGUAGCGGGAUUUGUAUGUGUUUUUAAGGGUUUUUAUGUUAAUUCUGGUACAGAGCAUGUCCUCUGGUCAUCCUAUGAAGCUGUGUGACGUUUCAUGUUUUUAAAAUGAACCCGCGUAAUUG